AUGGAGCCAUCACUGUUUUAUAUCUCUUCACCACCCCGACCACAACCACAACCACAACCACAACCAAAACACAGUAGUGAUUGGAGUUUUGAGGAGAACAAGUUGUUUGAGAAUUGUCUUGCUGAGUUCAACCUCGACUCUCCCGAUUUAUUUGAGAAAAUAGGUCUGAGGAUUCCCACAAAAACAGUUGAAGAUAUCAAAAAACAGUACGAGAAAUUGGUUGAAGAUGUGAAGAUGAUUGAGUCAGGCUUUGUUCCACUGCCAAACUAUCAGAAUAUAUCACCCAAUCCACCCACAAACAACUCUACCCGUCCUAAUCCCAAGAAGAGGGGGAUUCCUUGGACCAAAGAAGAGCAUCAGAACUUUCUAGCUGGUUUGGAUAAGUAUGGUAAGGGAGACUGGAAGAGUAUUUCUAGACAUUGUGUACAGACAAAGAACCCAACCCAAGUAGCAAGUCAUGCCCAAAAGUACUUUCAGAAGCUUGAGAAGUGCAACUCUGCCCAAAAGUACUUUCACAAGCUUGAAAACUGCACCUCUGCCCAAUCAUCAACACCAAGGUCAAUCUGGAAAUGA